GCGGCGGGAUGACGUCAGUGCGGGGCAAGGCGGGCGUUGACGGUCGGUCAGUGUGAGUGAGUGAGGAGAGAGCGGGGUCGCUGCCGUCCUCCCUCCUGUCAUGGACGCUCCCAGCCAAGAAAAGCUGUGACAACACUGAAUAAUAUUUGCACCUUCAGCUGUGAAAUGGAAAAUCCCUGACUGGAAGCAUCAUUUCAUUUCCCAAUACUACACACAGUUUAUUCUAAUUUGUCUGCCUGAACACAUGAUUGAUGUGCCUGUGGAUACCCCAGCCGGUGGUGACGGAGUGGGUGUGCUGUCUGAAGUGGAAACGGAGGAACUAAAGAGUGAACUCAUCAAGGUUGAAGACGAAAUAGCAACACUGCGGCAGGUUCUUGCAGCCAAGGAAAAACAUGCUGCAGAGAUCAAACGAAAGUUGGGGUUAACUACUUUUAAUGAACUCAAGCAGAACCUUAGCAAAGGCUGGCAAGAUGUGCAAGCAUCCAAUGCCUAUAAAGGCGCGUCUGUGAAAGUUGAAGAUUUGAAUAAGACAAUUACUCAGUCUGAAGUUUACAAGAAGACUUCAGCGACACUUUCCACAGCUGGAUCCAAGACUUCGAGCGCCAUAUCUAGUGUUGGGUCAGUGCUGAGUAGGACGCUGGGUGAAAUCAAGUCUCACCCUUUUUCUCAGUCCUUUAGUAGCAGUUACUCCAUACGUCAUUCAAUAAGCAUGCCUGCCAUGAGGGAAUCGCCUACCUUCAAAUCAUUUGAAGAAAGCGUUGGAAAUCUAAAGGCUAAGGUUAUUGGAAAUGAGAACAAUGCCAAAGACGGCUAUCAAUCUCCCACUGCGACAAGUCCCACCGCGGAGGAAAAGCUACCCCAGGACAGUGCACCCUUCUGAGCAAGAGACGCCCUUCUCACUACCCGAGGCUCCGCUCAUUUCCAAACGCCAAAUUUCUUGCAAGCAUCACGUAAAUGUACAUAUGGUUGUUGGAAUUUGGAGAGGCGUAUUACUGCUGUUCUAGAAAUCUGAUAACCAUUUUGUAAUAUGUAAAUCAUUGGGGGGGGGGGGGGGGAGAACAAAUUAUAGACCUUCAAACUUCUGACAAGUUUCAAAGCCUCAGUUUUUACUUUACUAAGCUAUUGUCACCAAGAAAGUUUAGCUUUGAGUACCUUUUUUGAAAACCUAAUUUUCAACAGUUUCAAGCACACUACGUUUGACGAUGGUUCAUAUCAUACCUGCCUUAUUCUGUGCUUAAAUUACACUUUUAUAAUUCUGGGACAGAAGUGGGUUGAAUUUCCAGCACCUGUCUAAUGACUGACAUUUGAGGAGUUAUUUGGCCACGGAUUUCUUCUGCUUUUAGUGUAUCUCCAGCAUCUUUAAAUAUGUUUACGACAUUUAUGUUAGCAACCGAAGCAUGCAGACUUUUCCUUUCGGAAGAAAGAGCAGCCAAAAAAAAAAAUACCAGUUGGAUACAUGCUGUGGUUUGUACACACAGUGGGCUAUAAGGGACAUUAAUAUAAUCGAGUUGGGUUUUAAUGGAACGAAACAGAAUUUAGUUUAGAAUGUUUUGAUGCAUAAUGGAUCAUUCUUUGACCAUUCUUGUUUUCAGACAAAAAUGGGAGUUGGUCUAAUGUUAGGUGUAUACCAGGGUGUAAUUGUAUAUUUCCCUUUAUAUCACUCGAAUGCUCACAAUAAAAUUGGUUAUUAAAG